AUGGAUGAUGACCUGGGCGAACAGGAGAGACCUCUCGCAUCGCCAUCCAAAAUACCAAUACCAAAAGCAAGAUCAACGUCUGACGCAUCAGCAACGCCCACGGCCGUGAAACCUAACAUAAAUCGUGCAUGGGUUACUGUGCUCACAGGACCAGCAUAUCUACCAGGAACUAUAAUUCUUGCUGAUUCACUUAGGAGGGUCGAAUCAAAGUAUCCGCUUCUCGUUUGUGUCACACCCUCGGUGAACAAGACUGAGCAAAACGCACUCAAGGCUGCGGGAUGUGAGCUGAUGGUGAUCGAGCCACUGAAGCCAAAGGUAAAAGUAAAUGUUGUAGCAACUCGAUUCGAGGAUACAUGGACUAAGCUGGUAGUCUUUGGGCUUGUGCCGAUGGAGAGAUUGGUCCUACUCGAUAGUGAUAUGCUGGUUCUUCGCAAUAUGGACGAGCUCUUUGAUAUGGAUCUGCCGUUUGACUUUAUCGCUGCAAAUCAUGCCUGUGUUUGUAAUUAUGCUAAGGACCCUUGGGCUGAUGCUGAUUGGAACCCCCAGAAUUGUGCGUACACAGGCCUAAAGCACCCUAAAGCCCUCACGAACCCAAGAGAGGUCACACCAGAGUCUAUCAGGACGCAUCAUCUUUUAAAUUCCGGUCUCGUCGUGUUCCAUCCCUCAACUAUGUUGUAUGCGGCAAUAGUAGAAUUCCUCUUAACUGACCCCCGGGUCCCUACCUUCGGAUUCCCUGACCAAGAUCUCCUUUCCGUAUUUUUCAAAAACAAAUUCAAGCCGAUAGGUUGGCAGUACAAUGCACUAAAAACAAUGAGUUACGAGCACAGAGAUAUGUGGAGUGAUUUUGAGUUCCUUACACGAUAUGUCAACCUACCGGAUAACCCCGGGUCGAGUGAUCGCUCAAGCUCUGCCUGA